CCUCCUGACUGCCGGCAAAAUUAUAAACCCACUUUUCUGUCUACUUUAGCGCAAUUUACAUCGGGUAUACCUGUUGAAAUCAAUUCGGAGUGUUAACAUCUGCAAAACCGUGGUGAAAGGACGUAAAAUAAGAGCGUAAAUCGAUGUUGGAGUUGGAGGUUUAGCGCCAAGUUAAAUCACCUCCUCCCUGACGUUGAUGCUUCCAGUCAUCUGUUUCCUACAAGGCGCCAGCUCAGAGGAACUAGCCGCCCGGCCUGAACGCGCAGAAAACAUCCUCCAGCUCGAACAACAGGCGGUCAACUCUUACAGUAUUAUUAUUUAUCUUCUAGACGUGCAUACGAGUGAACUUCAAGGGCAGUAUCUUGAGGUUUACUCCAGAGUUGAAGCCCAAGCCUUUAAGUAUAAUGCUAGGAAAACGGGAAGAGACAGAACCCAAGUCUGUUCCUCCCGAGGCGCACAAGGAAAAUACAGUACGAACGAGAAAGAGGAAGGCAGAUGUUGCUAUUUUUUUACAAGAUGUGGAUGAGGAGGUAGCAGAGAUGACAAAGAAGAAGCAGCGUGAUUGUGAGCUGGGCUUGAGUCCUGAAGCUGGUUACAAAAGCCCACACAGAUGUAUACCCACGCCUGAUCAGGAAGAAGACCAACCAGUCUCUCUAAUAAAUGCAGGCUUCCCUCUCUACAACUUUAACAACAUAUUUGUGACGCCUGUGCACUGUGCUCCACUUCCUGCGCUUUGCUGGGCUAGUAAGGAUGUGGUGUGGAACAACAUGUUGGAAAAGGAUAAGACAUACACACGGGAUGUUCACAUGAUGGAGAAACAUCCACAUCUUCAGCCCAAAAUGAGAGCAAUUCUUCUGGAUUGGCUCAUGGAGGUGAGUGAGGUGUACAAACUUCACAGGGAGACGUAUCACCUCGCUCAGGACUACUUCGAUCGCUUCAUGGCGACACAGAGAAACGUUUUCAAAUCGACGCUGCAGCUCAUAGGAAUCACCUGCCUCUUCAUCGCUGCCAAAGUGGAGGAGAUGUAUCCCCCCAAAGUGCACCAGUUUGCUUACGUCACAGAUGAAGCCUGCACUGAGGAUGAGAUUCUGAGUAUGGAAAUCAUCAUUAUAAAGGAGCUGAAGUGGAGUCUGAGCCCCCAGACUCCUAUAUCCUGGCUCAAUGUUUACAUGCAGGUGGCCUACCUGAAAGAAACGGAUGAGCUGCUCAUCCCCAGAUACCCCCAAGCUACCUUCACCCAGAUCUCAGAGCUGUUGGACCUUUGCAUGCUGGAUGUACAUUGCCUUGAGUUUUCCAACGGGAUCCUCGCUGCCUCUGCCCUAUUUCACUUCUCCUCUUUGGAACUGGUGGAAAAUGUCUCGGCCUUGAAGUGGGCAGAGCUAGAGGAAUGCGUGAGAUGGAUGGUGCCAUUCGCCACGGCGCUCAGGGACUGUGGCGGGAUACCCAUGAAAACAUUCACAGGAAUUCCUGCUGACGAUAUGCACAACAUCCAGACACACGCCCCCUACCUGACAUGGCUGGAAAAGGCCAACUCGUAUCAGGACGUGGACCUGCAGCAUCCCGACAGCUGUUCCGUGCCUUCAGGUGUUUUGACUCCGCCACUGAGCAGUGAGAAAAAUGAAGAGGCGGGUCGAGCGGAUGCCGAUGUGCCGAAAGUCAGACCGAGGAUGCGCACUCCAUCCCCCCUGUCCAACCUCCCAAAGUAGCCAAACAAACACCCAACUUCACCAACAGGAUCUCAUAUAACGGCUGUAAUCCGCAUUAAGGAAUCGUCUCUGUGACUGUGAGCAGCGGUGCCUCCAUGCAGUACCUUUACAUACUGUAGUACAUACAAUGGAUUGAUUGAAAUGAUAAUUUUCAUAUGUUAAUAUUCAGGUUUGUCCGAUCCGGAUUCUUUCCAUGUCUGAAUAGUGAGUGCACACGCUGACUAAAUACGGAAACCCUGUCCACCAGGUGUCUUGGCUACAUUGAACAUUGAACCCUCCAGUUUAAAGCAUUAACGGGGGUUUGUUGGGGUCGACAUGGCCCAAGGAUUUUGUUAUUUUUUUAUUAUGUACAGCAUUGCAUCCUAAUGCUUGUAUGAACUACCAGCCACAUCUACAUACUGUGGUUGCCAUUUUUAUUUUUCUAUGCAGAGGCCAAAUUGAAAGGACAUUUUACUGGGUCUCUACCUGAUUAUUAUUUUGUGUGUGUGUGCAUGUUUGCUUAAUUGUGACUGGUGUUUUUUUUUUUUAAUCUAUCAAUGGCCCAAAAACUUUUCCUGGAGUCAUAUUUGGCUCUAAGUGCUGCUAUAAAAGUGGGCUUUGCUAAUGGAGGGGCAAAUGUGAGAGUGUGUGUGUGUGUGUGUGUGUGUCUGUAUAAAAUGGUGUGAUGCUCAGUUUUGUGGUUCUGCUCUUGUCAAUUUUGUGGACAAAACAUGGCCAUGUUUUGCUUGGGGACCAGUAGCUUGGCUACCUGAACAGGCGAGUGAACCAGCCAGGCUUAAGAAGCUAAAAUAUUGAUUGUAUUUAACUUGUAUUUUUAUCCCAACCUGCAGUUUGUCUCCCCACUACCGAAAUGUAAGAUUUCUAUUUGACUUUUAAGAAUAAAAUGCUGCUACAUAUU